AUAGCACAGCAAAAAGUUUUUAUGAUUUAUCGGGAAAAAUUUGUGGUGUGUCUGGUUGACGCAAAUCGCCCGGCAUCGGUAUUGACAUCCGGCAUCUAGUCCCAACAAUAAUAUCAGGAAUCAUGACUUCAGCACGAGAUCUUAUAAAGAUUGAUAUAGAAUGGGGCAUGGAGCGCUUGGUGCGGGCCCAACAGAUCGUUGAGGUACGGCCCUUUGAUAUCGAAUCAUGGUCAGUGAUGCUGCGUGAGGCCCAAACCCGGCCAAUUAACGAGGUGCGCAGCCUUUACGAGUCCCUGGUGAAUGUCUUUCCCACUACGGCCCGCUAUUGGAAACUAUACAUUGAGAUGGAGAUGCGCAGCCGUUUCUAUGAACGUGUCGAGAAGCUCUUUCAGCGGUGUCUGGUCAAGAUUCUGAACAUUGAUCUUUGGAAAUUGUAUUUGACAUAUGUUAAAGAGACCAAAUCUGGUCUAAGCACCCACAAAGAGAGAAUGGCCCAAGCAUAUGAUUUUGCUCUGGAGAAAAUUGGCAUGGAUUUGCAUUCAUUUAGCAUUUGGCAGGAUUAUAUAUAUUUUCUGCGUGGUGUGGAGGCUGUUGGCAAUUAUGCUGAAAAUCAAAAGAUCACAGCAGUGCGUCGUGUUUAUCAAAAGGCGGUAGUUACACCCAUUGUUGGCAUUGAACAACUUUGGAAGGACUACAUAGCAUUUGAGCAUAAUAUCAAUCCCAUUAUAUCCGAGAAAAUGAGUCUUGAGCGUUCCAAAGAUUAUAUGAAUGCCCGCCGUGUGGCCAAAGAGCUAGAGCAUCAUACCAAGGGUCUUAAUCGCAAUCUCCCCGCUGUGCCACCCACAUUGACCAAAGAGGAGGUCAAACAGGUGGAACUAUGGAAACGCUUCAUCACCUACGAGAAAUCAAAUCCAUUGCGAACCGAGGAUACAGCUUUAGUUACACGUCGCGUUAUGUUUGCUACAGAGCAGUGCUUAUUGGUGUUAACUCAUCAUCCGGCCGUGUGGCAUCAGGCCUCACAAUUCCUAGACUCCAGUGCACGCGUUCUUACCGAGAAAGGCGAUGUGCAAGCUGCCAAAAUCUUUGCUGACGAAUGCGCCAACAUUCUAGAGAGAUCCAUCAAUGGUGUACUUAAUCGUAAUGCCCUGCUCUAUUUCGCCUAUGCCGACUUUGAGGAGGGUCGUCUUAAAUACGAGAAGGUCCACAGCAUGUAUAACAAGCUAUUGCAAUUGCCGGACAUUGAUCCCACACUGGUCUAUGUGCAGUAUAUGAAGUUUGCUCGCCGUGCCGAAGGUAUUAAGUCGGCACGCAGCAUCUUUAAGAAGGCUCGUGAAGAUGUACGCACACGCUAUCACAUAUUUGUGGCCGCCGCUCUUAUGGAAUACUAUUGCUCAAAGGAUAAAGAGAUUGCAUUUCGUAUUUUCGAGUUGGGUCUAAAGCGUUUUGGCGGCAGUCCGGAAUACGUUAUGUGCUAUAUUAACUAUCUGUCUCAUCUGAAUGAGGAUAAUAACACGCGUGUCCUGUUCGAACGAGUACUCAGCUCUGGUGGCCUAUCGCCACACAAGAGUGUAGAGGUAUGGAAUCGUUUCCUUGAAUUCGAGUCUAAUAUUGGUGAUUUGUCCAGCAUUCUCAAGGUGGAGCGGCGACGCAGCGCCGUCUUUGAAAAUCUAAAAGAAUAUGAGGGCAAAGAAACGGCACAGUUGGUGGAUCGCUACAAGUUUCUAGAUUUAUAUCCCUGUACUAGCAGUGAACUAAAGUCCAUAGGUUAUGCGGAGAAUGUGGGCAUCAUUCUCAACAAAGUGGGUGGAGGCGCUGUUGCUGCAACUGGGGCAGCUAAUGCAGCCCAGAAUAAUGGUGAGGCCGAACCAGAUAGCGAAGCGGCACCACAAUUGCCGCGUCCCGAUUUCUCGCAAAUGAUACCAUAUAAGCCCCGACCUUGCGCCCAUCCCGGUGCUCAUCCACUGGCCGGCGGUGUAUUUCCUCAGCCGCCGGCUUUGGCCGCUCUCUGUUCCGCCUUGCCGCCACCGAAUUCAUUUCGCGGUCCCUUUGUCAGUGUGGAGCUGCUAUUCGACAUCUUUAUGCGUCUCAAUUUACCUGAUUCUGCACCCCAACCAAAUGGUGACAACGAGCUAUCGCCCAAGAUCUUUGAUCUGGCGAAAUCUGUGCAUUGGAUUGUCGAUACUAGCACAUAUACGGGUGUCCAGCAUAGUGUGACAGCCGUACCGCCACGUCGUCGCCGCCUUUUGCCCGGUGGCGAUGAAAGCGAUGACGAACUGCAGACUACAGCACCGCCGGCCCGUGAUAUUUAUCGAUUGCGGCAAUUGAAGCGUUUUGCCAAAUCCAAUUAAUUUAAUUUUGGCUAGCCUUCCAUUAGAUUUUAUUAAAAAAAAAAAAGAAAGAGAAAUGAUCAAAGAAUUUCCUUAUACACACAUACAUAUACAUAUAUUUUUUUUAUACAAAAUUUUAUAUUAUUUUGUAGAGUAUAUGUUAGUAGAAUAGCCUCAAUAAAUGUGUGAGGCCUAAUUUGGCCUAAACUAUAAUACAUA